AUGUCUACGCUGCAGAUAGAAGAUCUGGUUAUCUACAAAAAGAGCGCCAAGCCAGGACAGCCAGAAGACACUGUCCUCAUAGUCAAGGGUCUUUCGACUGUAUUUGAGUCAGGAAAGCUCAAUGCAAUUAUGGGUCCCAACGGCUGUGGUAAGACAACUCUGCUUUCGUCAAUAUAUGGGUUAACGGAUAAGAAGACAAUGACGUCGGGAAGAAUUUUUCUCAACGGUGAGAAGAGAGACCCAGUGUCCUGGUACUCAAGGACAUCAAUAGCCGAGCAGCUGUCAUAUAUUCCAGAGGAUGAGACUGUCGCACAAGCUCUUAAAUUCUCGUUAGAGCUGAAGAAUGCGCGAUGCAAGAGCGAUAGCAAGUUAAAGGAUUACUUAGAAGCUAUUGAGAAUCUGCAUCUAUCAAAGUUGCUUGAUACUAAGAUUUCUGCUCUCUCUGGUAGGCGAAAAACAAAGAGUAAUGAUUGCCAUCGACCUUAUUUCUGA